AUGAGUUUAGGUGAUAAAUUCCGUGAUUUAUUUUCAAAAAAAAGCUCACAACAAAUAUCAGAAAUUUCAACACCUUUGAGUGUUACGAAAAAUGUUCAUGUUUCUUACGAUUCAAAAACAAAAACAUUUCAUGGUUUACCGAUAGAAUGGGAAGAUCAAGUGAAAAAUUUAUUUGCUAAUUCAAGACCUGAAGAUAAGGCUCAUGUUAUGAAUUGUGCACUUAAAGUUAUGCAACAGACACUUCGAGAAAAUCAUAAUCAAACAAAACAUAUGCGUAUUCAAGAUGCAUUUCAUUCAGAUGGAUUAUCGUAUGAAUCGGGAGAUGAAUUAAGUGAAACAGAAAAUGAUCUUAGAUCUUCACAAGAGAGACUUGAUAGAAAUCCUCCACCACCUUCACCAACUAAAGAUCAGUCUGGUAAUCGUCCUGGUUUUAAGAAAUAUACACCAGGUUUACCACCAUCUCCAUACACAAAUGUUACUCCAUCUACAAAUUUUGUUCAGGAACUUAAACGUGCUACGAUUCUCCGUAAACAAAGCAUAGAUAUAAAUACUGGAAAAUCUGAUGAUGAUGAUGAUGAUAAUGAUGAUUAUCAUUCACCAGAAUCAACAACUCCAUCAAAUUCACGUCCUAACUCUCCUAAUCUUCCACAAACUAGAAAAACCGGUACAAAUAAUCCUACUUAUCAAAUUAAUCGUGAUCGUGAUACACUUAUUAAUACCGAUAGAAAAAGUGAUGAAUACACUUUUUCAUCAACUUCACCAAAACGCAUUCCAACAACACCAGUUUCUUUUCCUGUACCUGUGCGUCCGUAUCCUAAUGAUAACAUUCCACCAGUAAAUCAUAUCAAUGGAAAACUUCGUAAACCAUCUGAACAACCACCAGCAUUACCACCUAAAACAGUACGAGUCAUAGCUGCAGCUAAUAAAAUGUCAUCUUCAUCGACAACUAAAGCAAGUCCAGUUAUUAAUAAAGAGAAUCAUCCUAUAACACCAACUGCGCCAAUCCCUGUAUCUCCAACACAUGAACUACGACCGAUUGAACGAACUAAAUCAAAAAAUCAUAGACGAAAAAUGACCGAAGAAGAAGCAGUUAAAGAACUUGAACCAUAUGCUGCUAAAGAUGAUCCAAUAUCAAGAUUUAUUAUAAAGAAAAAACUUGGCUCAGGAGCAGCAGGUGAUGUUGAUUUAGCAAUUGAUACAAAAACAAAUACUAAAAUAGCUAUAAAACGAAUGCUUUGGUCUAAACAACCACGAAAAGAAUUGAUUGUUAGUGAAAUUCUUGUCAUGAAAAAUUGUCGAUUUCGUUCAAUUGUAAAUUUUCUUGAUUGUUAUUUAAGACCCAAUGAAUUAUGGAUUGUUAUGGAAUAUAUGAAUGGUGGUCAAUUAACACAAAUUGUUGAACAGACAGUACUUGAUGAAGGUCAAAUGGCAGCUGUUACAAAAGAAUGUCUUGAAGCUCUACAAUUUCUUCAUAGUAAAAAUAUAAUUCAUCGUGAUGUUAAAUCCGAUAACGUACUCGUAGGUUUUGAUGGAUCAGUUAAAUUAACUGAUUUUGGUUUUUGUGCUCAACUAGCUAAUACUGAAAGUUUACGAACAACAAUGGUUGGAACUCCAUAUUGGAUGUCACCAGAAGUUAUUAAAAAACUUAAAUAUGAUCGAAAAGUUGAUGUUUGGUCAUUAGGUAUUUUAAUUAUUGAAAUGAUUGAUGGUUCACCACCAUAUAUAAAUGAACAACCAUUUCGUGCUAUGUGUAAAAUAGCAAUGCAAAAUGAACCACCAACAAUAAGUGCUGAAUCACAAGCACGUAUAUCAAGUGAUGCAAUGAAUUUUCUAAAACGUUGUCUUAUGAUUGAUCCUCAACAACGAGCUGAUACAAACGAACUUAUUCGUCAUCCGUUUAUUAAACGUGCUAAACCUCUUAAAUCACUUUGCCCUAAUAUACAAGCUGUUUGUAAAAGUGAUGAAAAUUAA